AUGCGUCAAGAACAAGCUGAGUUUCGGAAAGGAAUGUCUUGCAGAGACCACAUCUUCACUUUGAGACAGAUCCUGGAACAGAGCAAGGAGUGGAACUCAACAGUAUAUGUCAACUUCAUCGACUUUGAAAAAGCCUUUGACAGUAUUCAAAGGGAAUCGCUCUGGCGGAUACUCAGACACUAUUGCAUACUCUCCAAACUUGUUAACAUCAUCAGGCUGUCAUAUACAGAUUUCUGUUCUCAACUUAUAAAUGGCAACCUUCUUAGUGACCCUUUCAAUAUAAACACUGGGGUAAAACAAUGGUGUAUUCUUUCACCAUUCUUGUUCAUAAUUGGGAUAGACUGGAUCAUGAAGAAUAUGGAACAAUCAGGAAGAAGAGGGAUCCAGUGGACUUUCACAAGCAUGCUCGAAGACCUGGAUUUCGCAGACGACAUCUGUUUACUUUCUCACCGUCAUAUAGACAUACAGGCCAAGACACGAGACCUAGCAACCACUGCAGAGAAGAUUGGACUUAAGAUUAACAUUCCUAAGACUAAACUCAUGAGAAUGAACACCAAGUCCAACGAAUCCAUCAUCCUUCAUGGUGACAAAGUUACAGAAAUUGAUGACUUCACCUACCUUGGCUUAAGAUGA